AUGUGGAUCGAGAGCAGAGCCCUGCUCGAGCCCUGCGACGACGGGGCCCAGCAGACGCGCGACGAGCUCCGGCGAAGACAAAUCGUCGCACUCGAGGUCUCGUUCACAGAGCUGGCGAAGAGCGCGCGCCUAGGGGGCUACGAGGUCUACAAGAUUUCAGACAGGAUCGGGCCAUGUGACACAUGGGCCUACUUCCUACUGGACUGGGGCCGCAACUACGCGAUCAAGCAUAAGAAGUCCGACGGCCCCUGCUUCGAGAUGUUGAUCCCCUCCGCCGCGGGCCCGUCGGCCGACGAGAUCGCGGUGUUCGAUGUGGUGUGGCCUGGAAUGGAGGGGCUCGGAAGCCCGCUCUCCGACGCUGAAUGCAAAUGCAUUGGCGUCAACAGGGGCUACAAGUACCCUUCCAACACGUGCCUCGCCAUGUACAGUCGCGAGAAGUUCGGCCUCUGUAACCCCGGCCUGGACGAGGGUCUCCCCGCCGGCCAGGCCUCCCUUCCGAUGCGCCGACUCGACAAGGCCCUGCCCGAGGUGCAGUGCUGGAAGACCCAUGAAGCCGUAGAGGAAAUGUACAAGAAGGGGUACGACCCCCAGGACCGGUUCGGCGGCCCCCUCCCGGCCGCCUCGUUUAUCUCCCCAUUCAGGGGCGCCAGCGUCGCUGACAAGCAGGCGGCCCACAGGGUGCAGCUCGGGCGCAGCAUCGGCUCAGCUCUCCGCCGCCGCGCGGCUGCUACCCUGGGCGCGGCCAUCCACGAUCCCGACACCUCAGACACCGCCCUCCCCGACAUUGAAGGUUUUCCAGCGGUCACCACCAACGACGUCGACGAGAGCAUCGGGACGGUCUUCCAGCGCCCCAGGACUGCGCUAACAGUCACUCAGCUCGACCGCGCCGCUACAGUCCUCUCCCUCAGCGACCUCUCCAGACGGGCAGUCGGUGUCUUCUCUGGCUCCAACACUGCCACCGACCAACCCCUCCUGGCCCUCGCUGCCAAAGACGAGGACCUUUGGGCGACAUUCGGCAUCCUCGCGCUC